CAUCCUACUGGUAUUUUAAGAUGUGCGUCAGGAACGUAAAGCUCGGCAUGGAUGAAGCUUUGCCAGGCCUCACACCUGAAAACAGAGACAGCCUUGUGAAAGUGAAGGAGGAGGACCCCCCCUGGGAGCAGACAUGGGGCUCUCGGGAGAGCAGCCCCCGCGCUCAGGAGCUCUGCCGCCUGCGCUUCCGGCAGUUCUGCUACCAGGAGACCCCGGGGCCCCGCGAGGCGCUGAGCCGGCUGCGGGAGCUCUGCCGACGCUGGCUGCGGCCCGAGACGCACAGCAAGGAGCAGAUCGUGGAGCUGCUGGUGCUGGAGCAGUUCCUGACCAUCCUGCCCGAGGAGCUGCAGGCCCGGGUGCGGGAGCAGCAGCCGGAGAGCGGGGAGCAGGCGGUGGCCGCCCUGGAGGACCUGGAGAAAGACACGGGAGACCCAGGAAAGCAGACAUCAGUGAAGACUGAGGAAGAAGCCACCCAGGCCCUUGUCACAGAGCAGCAGCCACCACCGAGUCGGACCCCCAGGAGCCCCUGUGGGAAGUCGGCUCAGGAGAACGUUCCGGACGUCUGUCUGAUGGCUGAAGAAGUUGUAACUGAAGAUGGGUUAUUUAAUGCAAAGAAAGAAACUUCUCAAGAAAUGGAGCACACUGCUGAGGCCCCAGGAACAGCCAGUAGAGAUGGCAUGCUCCAGCCACCUUGUACUUCUGUCCCUACUGACAGGACAGUUGCACAUUUGAACACCCUGAAGGACCGUUACCCGGGUGACUUGUGGGCCCGAAUGCACAUCUCCUCCUUGGAAUAUGCUGCAGGAGACAUGACCCGCAAGGGGAGGAGAAAGGACAGAGCUCGGGUGAGUGAACUGCUCCAAGGCCUUGCAUUCUCUGGGGACUCAGAUGUGGAAGAAGAUAACAAGCUUGAGGCCCACCACGCUCAAAAGAAGCUAAAGAUAUCAGAUGUACCCGAGAAGAACUGGGCCAAAAGAGACAUUAAACCCAACUUCCCAAGCUGGUCAGCACUGGAUUCUGGACUUUUGAAUCUUAAGAGUGAGAAGCUGAACCCAGUAGAGCUCUUUGAGUUAUUUUUUGAUGAUGAAAUAUUCAACAUGAUUGUCAAUGAAACCAAUAAUUACGCAUCUCAGAAAAAUGUCAACCUGGAAGUCACAGUUCCGGAAAUAAGGUGUGUCUUGGGUAUCUUGCUUUUGAGUGGAUUUGUGAGGCGUCCCCGAAGGGGAAUGUACUGGGACAUCUCCGAUGCUGACCAGAACCUGGUUAGAGAUGCAAUUAGAAGGGACAGAUUUGAAUUGAUUUUCUCAUACCUACAUUUUGCAGAUAAUAGCCACCUAGAUCAAAAAGAUAAGUUUACAAAGUUGAGGCCUCUCAUAAAGCAAAUGAAUAGAAAUUUCCUCCUGUAUGCUCCCCUGGAAGAGUACUAUUAUUUUGGUAAGACAAUGUGUGAAUGCUUUGACAGUGACCAGUUCCUGAAUGGGAAACCUCUUAGAAUUGGCUAUAAAAUCUGGUGUGGCACAACCACACAGGGUUAUCUGGUGUGGUUUGAGCCCUAUCAAGAAGACUCAGCAGUGAUAGUGGGUAAGAAUGUCGAUCUGGGUUUAGGUGGGAAUCUAGUGCUGCAUUUUGCUGAUGUUCUUCUAGAGAGAGGCCAGUAUCCCUAUCACCUGUGUUUUGAUAGCUUCUUUACGAGUAUCAAAUUGGUGUCAGCCUUGAAGAAAAAAGGACUGAGGGCAACAGGAACAAUUCGAGAGAACAGGACUGAAAAAUGUCCCCUCAUGAAUGCAGAACAUAUGAGGAAAAUGAAGAAGGGAUAUUUUGAUUUCCGAGUAGAAGAGAAUGAGGAGAUAAUUUUGUGUCGUUGGCAUGGUGAUGGCAUUAUCAGCCUGUGCUCCAACGCUGUGGGCAUAGCACCAGCCAGGGAGCUCAGGUGUUCUGCUAAUGAGGAGGACGUCCACCAGGGAGCUCAGCCGGCCAUAGUGAAACUGUAUGGUGAGUGCAGGGAAGGUGUCGCUAAAAUGGAUCAAAUCAUUUCCAAGUACAGGGUGAGAAUAAGAAGCAAGAAAUGGUACUCAAUUUUGGUGAGCUACGUAAUUGAUGUAGCCAUGAACAACGCCUGGCAGCUACACAGAGCCUGUAACCCGGGCACCGCUCUAGACCUCCUAGAGUUUCGGAGAUACAUCGCACAUUUCUACUUGGAACACAAUGCUAAUCUGUCAGAUUAAGGCAGAAAAAAUGAACACGAUACCAAUAUUAACAGGACAAAAAUAUCACAGGUACAAAUCAGAUUGUACCCUUCCAAAGCAAACAUUCCAUGUAAUGGAAUUAUUAAGUAAAUAUUUUAAAAAGCCAAGCAUCUCUGUAGAGUUUCAAAGACU